AUGUGUACCAGCCUGACCACCUGCGAGUGGAAGAAAGUCUUCUAUGAGAAGAUGGAGGUGGCAAAGCCAGCGGACAGCUGGGAGCUCAUCAUGGACCCCAACCUCAAGCCCAACGAGUUGGGCCCGGGCUGGAAGCAGUACCUGGAGCAGCGCGCUUGUGGCAGGUUCCACUGCUCCUGGUGCUGGCACACCUGGCAGUCUGCGCACGUGGUCAUCCUCUUCCACAUGCACCUGGACCGUGCGACGCGGAUGGGCUCGGUGCGCAUGCGCGUCUUCAAGCAGCUGUGCUAUGAAUGCGGCACCGCCCGGCAGGAUGAGUCGAGCAUGCUGGAGGAGAACAUCGAGAGCCUAGUGGACAACCUCAUCACCAGCCUGCGCGAGCAGUGCUAUGAGGAGGAUGGCGGCCAGUACCGCAUCCACGUGGCCAGCCGGCCGGACAGCGGGUCACACCGCAGCGAGUUUUGCGAAGCCUGCCAGGAGGGCAUCGUGCACUGGAAGCCCAGCGAGAGGCUACUGGAGGAGGAGGCCACCUACCCCUUCCCCAAGUCAAAGGCCCCGGGGGGCUUGCACUACAACUUCUUCUCCCUUCGCUGGUGUCUCUUCUGGGCCUCCCUCUGCCUGCUUGUUGUCUAUCUGCAGUUCUCUUUUCGUAGCUCUGCCUUCCUUUAG